UGCCAGAUCUUCCUCGAGAAGCCCCUGCGGCUUCGACAAAACGGGACACGACGGACGUGCCCGUCACGUCCGUUGACGCCUCCUUCGUAACGUCCCUGCUGCCCCAAGGGAUUUCGAAGGAUACGAGAAGAUUCGAACUAGCGUGUUCUCCUUCCACCACCAUCCUCAACGCAUUUUGCUCAAUCGAGGCUUGUGCGCAUAGGUGAAUGAGUGGAAGCGCGACGCAAUCAUCUAGCUCAAGUUCGACGCUACUUGCUGCAACCAAAGACGCUGCUAUGUGUGCUGCGAAACCCAAAUCAACCGUUGCUUUAGCUGCCCAGCCCUACGUGUGUGGCGGGUCUGCCGCCAUCAUCGCCGCAGUUGCAAUCCACCCCAUUGAUUUGGUCAAAGUUCACUUGCAACUUGCCGGUCAGACUGGUAGUAAUGCCACUGCCGUCACAAUUGCCAAAUCUGUCUUUGUCAAGCAAGGCGUCCAAGGGCUGUAUGCUGGUCUGUCUGCGGCCGUAGCACGUCAAAUGGUUUAUGGAACAACCCGACUUGGCAUGCAUCGUGCAAUUUCGGACUCUCUGCAAGCUUCCCGUGAGAAGCAAGGAGCCACUGACAGUUUGCCCUUGUGGAUGAAGAGUUCCGUGGCAAUUUUUACCGGCGCGGUGGCUGCUACUUUGGGUUGCCCCAUGGACGUCGCGUUAGUACGUAUGCAAGCGGACACCUUGGCGGUGGCCGGAGACAAGCGCGGGUACAAGAACGUCGCAGAUGCUAUCAUUCGCAUUACGUCGACGGAAGGAGUGACAACGCUAUGGCGCGGCAGUGUUCCGCUGAUUGCCCGUGGGGCAGCCAUGAAUUUCGGCAUGAUGGCGUCGUACGAUCAAGCAAAGGAAAUGCUCAAGCCGAUAUCGGGCGAAGGAUUUGUGUCAAACUUGGGCGCUAGCGCGUUCUCGGGCUUUGCAUGCGCGUUUACGUCGCUGCCGUUUGACAUGGUCAAGUCACGUUUGAUGAACAUGAAGAAAGAUCCCAAGACUGGCGCGUUCCCGUACAAGGGUGUCGGGGAUUGUUUUGCCCAGAUUGUGCAGAAGGAAGGGUUUGGCAAGCUGUGGCGAGGGUACUGGACUUAUUAUGGACGCUGUGCGCCCAACGCGAUGAUUGUGCUUCUGGUCAUCGAGCAGAUAAACUUGGUGUACAAGAAAGCGUUUCUGGAAUAAAGAGUUGGUUAACGACACUUUUUGUUCAU